UUGUGGAUUUAGAUCGAGAGUAGAGCAUUGCAGAGAGAGAUCGAGAGAGAAAAGGGGAAGAUGGGUCUCCUCAUCAACAGAGUGGAGAGAAGAGAGAUCAAGCCCGGAGACCACAUCUACACUUACAGAACUGCCUUCACCUACUCCCACCACGGUAUCUUUGUUGGGGAAAACAAGGUGGUCCAUGUUACAUCUGAUAAAAAUUUGAAUUCAAGCAGUGGGAUAUCUUCUGAUUCUAGCUUUUAUAAUUCAAGGUUGAUCUGCUCUUCCUAUCCCGAAUGUGGAUUUAGGAAACCCAACAGUGGUGUAGUCCGUUCUUGCCUGGAUUGUUUCCUUCGAAAUGAAUCUCUGUAUCGUUACGAAUAUGGAGUUUCCCAAUCAGUUUUCUUUGCUCAUGUGCGGGGUGGCACAUGCACCACUGCAAAGUCUGACCCACCAGCAGAAGUUAUCCGAAGAGCAUCGUAUCUUCUUGAAAGUGGAUUUGGCAAUUAUGAUUUGAUUCAAAACAACUGCGAAGAUUUUGCGCUUUAUUGCAAAACUGGUCUUCUGACAUUAGACAAAAUAAAAACUGAUAUUGGAAAAACUGGGGGUAGCCACCAAAAAAAAGCAAACAAACUGGGGGUUGGAGCAAGUGGUCAAGUCUCUUCCGUCUCUUCUGUCCUUGAUGCCCUAUUGGAGGCCAUUCCUGGAUUUGGCAAUAAUGAUUUGCUUCAAAACAACUGUGAAGAUUUUGCGCUUUAUCGCAAAACUGGUCUUCUGGCAUUAGACAAAAUAAAAACUGUUUUUGACAAAGCUCGGGGUAGCCACCAAAAAAAAGCAAACAAACUGGGGGUUGGAGCAAGUGGUCAAGUCUCUUCUGUCUUUGGUGCCAGAUUAGAGGCUUGUCUGAAUUUGUGGAUGCCAUCUCAUGUUAGCCGGGCUAUGGUAAAGGCUGCAGAAAAUUACUCUUUGGACAGGUAUGAAGCUGAUAUUGGCGUUCGAGAUGAUGUGAUGAAGGUGGCAGUGGAGGACUUGGCUGUUAAACUGGGUUGGGAAGGCCAACAUCAUGAGGAAGUAGCUGAUGACGCUGAGGCUUCAAAGCGAGACUUUGUUGCAAUGAAUUCAGUGUCAAUUCCAAUUCUUGAUGGAACAAAUUUCUCAAAAUGGUCUGAACAAGUUCAGUUUUACCUUGGUCUUUGGGAUCUUGAUUUAGCACUCCGGACUGAGAAACCGCCUACUAUUACUGAUUCAAGCAGUCCAAAAGAAAAGGCUAGAUACAAGUUUUGGGAGCGAUCAAACAGAUUAAGCGUUAUGUUUAUGCGAAUGAACAUGGUAGACAAUAUUAAAUCAACUCUUUCUGAAUGUGACACUGCUAAAGAAUUAUUUAAAACCAUGGAAAAACGUUUCCAAUCGAUUGACAAGUCUCUUACGGGAACAUUGAUGGAUGAACUUACCGCCAUGAAAUUUGAUGGUACACGUGAAAUACAUGAGCAUAUCCUUGAAAUGACAAAUAAAGCUACCAAAUUAAGGGCUCUUGGAAUGAAUGUGGAUGAGUUAUUUCUCGUACAAUUGAUUUUGGACUCCUUGCCUCCCCAGUAUGAAGUUCAAGAAGAGAUAAGGCUUGAGCAACAAAGACAUUAUUCAGUUCACCCUGUAAGUCAAGGAGUCAAAAAGAUUGAGCCACCUGAAGUUAAUGGGCCUUCUCAAGUAAUUGAGGUUCAUGAGAAGAGACAAAACAAUUUCAUAGAGCCACCUGAAGUUAAUGAACUUCAUCAAGUAAUUGAGGUUCAUGAGAGGAGACAAAACAAUGUCACAUGCUAUUUCUGCAAUCAGGUUGGGCAUACGAAGAAAAAUUGCCACAAACGCAGGAUAUGGUUUGAAAAGAAGGGGAUUCCUUACAAUUCAAACCAUAAACCCAAAUAAAAAUUUCAUAUUCAUAGACAAUGGAAUCAAAGUUCCAGUUGUUACCAUCGGGGCUUUCGUUUGUUUCUAGAUACUGAUUGUUACCUAGAUUUGUUUUAGACAUUUUAUGUUUCUUCUAUUUCUUAAAAUUUGGUUUCUUUGCCUAAAGUUGAUCUUGAUGGCUAUCUGAUGGUUUCAUAUUGGGGAUUAUACCCUAAAUCCCAAAAAGAUGAAAUCAAAGUAGGUGAUGAAGUAGAUGGGAGGCAUCGAAAUAAAAGUAUCAUUUGGUAAAUUAUUGGGAGCUCAUGCAGCCUAUGCUGAAUUAAUAUAUCGUGUUUUGGGGAUGUUUUAUUUUUGAAUGAUAUUUCAGUUUGUAAUAA